UUUCCCCCACACUUUUUUAAUUUCUCAGCAAACAAACAAGCCGCCAGUCAUGAGUAACAUCUCAUCCUCUUUCACUCUCUCCCAAUCCCAACAACAACAUCUCUUGGAAAAACUCGAUGUCUUUAAGGUCAAAGGCAGAGAUAAACGCGGUCGUAAUGUUCUUCUCAUCAUCGGCAAAUACUUUCCUGCUCGCAUGGUUAGUAGUGAGAUUCUGAAGAAGUAUUUAGAAGAAACGAUUUACCCCAAAUUAGGGGCAAACCCGUUCUCGGUGGUGUAUGUACAUACAGAUGUUCAAAAGAGUGAAAAUUUUCCUGGAAUAUCAGUUCUUCGAUCAGUCUACGAUGCUAUUCCGAUGAACCUCAAGAACAAUCUCGAGGUUGUUUAUUUCUUGCAUCCUGGAUUACAGGCCAGACUUUUCCUUGCCACCUUUGGCCGUUUGUUUUUCGACGGAGGGUUGUAUUCGAAACUUAAAUACGUGAGUAGGCUUGAGUUUCUAUGGGACCAUGUCAGGAGGUUGGAGAUGAAAAUACCAGACUUUGUGCAUGAUCAUGAUGAAGAGCUGGAGUACCAUCCCAUGAUGGACUAUGGGUUAGAGAGCGACCACCCUAGAGUUUACACUGAGCCGCCCUCCAUGGAUCCUAUCUCGAUGUACUCUAUGAGGUGCAUAGCUUAAGCUUUAAGCCCGUGCUGAAAGGUUGAAACUGUAGAUUUGUAGUUGAUACGUUAUGGGUUUUGCUUUUUGAUAGAGGAGAGUUUUGGUGUUCAUAUUGUAUAAAAUGGGAGUUUGUAAAUGGAACCUUAAGACUUCAUUGGCA